CACCAGCUACGCAAUCUUUGACUAUCUCCAAACAAAACACAAAUUAUUCACACCACCGCCACAAUGUCCCUCCGCAUAGCCCCGCCGGCCGCCCACCCAACCUCAACCAGCAACACGACGACCCGCACGCCCUCAGCGCACGUCUCGCUUCCUCACCCAUCGAAGGGCGCCCCCUCCGCACCGGGACUGCCCGACACGCUCCGGAACAACCUGACACUACCCGCAGCCCGGGGCCCGCCGUCGGCGCAGACGGCGACGCCCAGCUCGGCCCACCCGCUCGAGGCGCGCCUGCUGGCCUGGCGGGCGACCCAGGAUGCCCUGAAGAUGGAGUCGCUGCGGCGGGCGUACGGCAUCGCCGAGCCCAUCCGCCGCGGCAUGGAGCUGAAGAUCGUGCGGGAUGGGUCGUUCCGCCCCGCCGUCAUUGGGGGUACGCAGAACAACGUGCAUGAGGAUAUCUUGGUGCUUGGAGGACGGGAUGCCGAGGUCGGGUGGGAGGAUAUCUUUAAGGGCGACGAGUUCCGUGAACCCCCGACUUUCCAUGAUGAGAUGGAGAAGAGAUUGCGUAUGGAUUAGAGCAUAGAUUUGGUUGAUCGGGAUUAGGGUUGAGGGUAUUCGUGCUAUGGUAUCUUUCUUUAGGUUUCUAUGUUCUUCAACGGUUCUACUGAAUGGGAUUGUGUUUCAGAUUCUGAAUGAAGCGGUGGUGCAGUCAGCGUUGGUGGCAGUAGCCUCUCACAGUAGAAAAUGGACUAGCAGUCAUCC